UUGAAGCCGCAAGACUUCAGUUUAAUCAUGUCGGUUGUCGAGGUGACACUGCUAACGGCCUGCCUCCUGAACGUGCUUCCAGUCUCUCGCAGUUUUAACAUCGACAUUCUAACUCCGGGAGUAUUUGAAGGGAACAGCACCCAGCAGUUUGGACACAGGGUCAUCCAGCAUGCCAGAGGAACGGAAAAAUGGAUUGUGGUCAGCGCCCCGCACCAGGAAGUUAUCCCGGGAUUGAGAUCCGGAGGGAUAUUCAGAUGUGACUAUGGAAACACAUCCUGUCGCCCCAUUGACAUCCCAGUUGAACACAAUUCUGGUUCCAUCGGCCUGUCGCUGGCAGUUCAGAAUGAAUCUCCUUUCAGUCUCACGACCUGCAGCCCUACGAUGGCCCACAAAUGCAACUCAAACAUGCAUCUGAAUGGGAUUUGCUAUCUCUUCAAUAACAAGCUUGAGAUGACCUCCAAGCUGACCCCCGCCUUUCAAGAAUGCACCAAGAGAAACGUCGAUCUCGUCUUCCUGUUCGACGGUUCCGAAAGCCUCAAGGGGAACGACUUCAACAUCAACAAGAAUUUCAUCGUCGACAUCAUGAAGAAUCUCACCAACUCCAGCCUGCAGUUUGCAGCGGUUCAGUUUUCUUCAGAUGUCCGGACUGAGUUUACUUUUAAGGAUUACCAAGAGCUGAAAGAUCCAGAGGCUCUUCUGUCCAAAUCACAGCACAUGAAAUCUCUUACAAACACUUACAAAGCAUUGAAUUUUACAUUGAAGACUCUCUUGUAUAACUCAACAGCUGGGGCUAUAGAGAACGCUGCUAAAGUUCUGGUGAUAAUCACAGAUGGGAAUCCCACAGACUAUGAAGUAUGGUUCGGCGAUGUGGUUGGCGAAUUGGAUCAGAAGAACAUCAUUCGAUAUGUCAUUGGGAUCGGUAACCUACAGCUCGAUGGGCUGAAAAAGCUCGCCUCACAACCCAAGGAUAAGAACACGUUCUAUAUUCAGAAUUACGCUGGGCUGAAGGGGAUCCUUGACAAUCUGCAAGGGAAGAUCUACAGCAUCGAAGGAUCCGGAAACGAUCGCUCUUUUGUGAAGGAGUUGUCUCAGAGUGGCUUUAGCGCCACCUUCUCAAAGGACUCUCUCAUACUGGGAGCAGUGGGGUUCAAUUACUGGAUGGGGGCCAUCAUUCAGGUUGAACCAAGUCAACGGGAGAAAAUCCACAUCUCGCCCUCACAGCUCUCCAAUGACUCCUACCUCGGGUACUCAGUCACCACUGGUAGCCUUGGCAACAGAACCCUGUAUAUCGCUGGAGCUCCAAGGCACAAUCACAAAGGCAGAGUGGAGGUAUUCCAGAGCACAGCCACUAGGGGGCAGUGGAGCCAGAAACAGAGCAUUGAUGGAGAGCAGAUCGGCUCCUAUUUUGGGGGUGAGGUGUGUGCUGUGGAUUUGAAUGGGGACGGCGAUACCGACAUUCUCCUGGUGGGGGCGCCCUUGUACCACAAACAGGAGCUUGGGGGGCUGGUGUACACCUACACUCUCAGUGCAGAGGGCUCCUUCUCCCCAGCCGUCACACUCUCGGGGUCCCCCGGGUUCCCCCUCUCUCGGUUUGGCACUGCGGUCUCGGCAGUGGGAGAUCUGGAUGGAGACCGGCUGACGGACAUCGCUGUGGGGGCGCCCCUGGAGAACAUGGGGAGUGGGGGGCUGUACAUCUUCCAGGGGUUACAGAGUGGAGUGAACCCCAACUAUACACAGCACAUCACAGGUUGGACAAUGUCCCCUCGGCUGCAGUAUUUUGGACAGUCCAUCCACGGGGUGAUGGACAUGAAUGGGGACGAGCUGACGGACAUCGCUGUGGGGUCCCUGGGGCGCGUGGUGCUGCUCAGGUCUAGACCAGUCCUGGAUGUUGCUGCUGAGAUCUCGUUCCACCCCUCUGAGAUUUCAAUGGAUCUUUUCGACUGCCUGGCCAAAGAGACCCGGAUCCACACUGUGAGCGACAUGUCAGUCUGCAUCAAGGUGUCCAAACUUACCAGAGACAGCUUGGAAACCCAUCUCAACCUCUCCUACCAGAUUGAGUUGGAUAGUUUGAGACAGAGAUUCAGGGCAGAUUUUGGAGAUGAAAAAAGAACGAUGCAGACCAGCAUCUACCUGCCUCUGGGAAAGACAUGCAUGACCUAUCCCAUCAAAAUGAAGAAUUGCGUUGAAGACAACUUCUCUCCUAUUAAAAUCAAGAUGUCUCUUUCGCAAAUUGAGGAAAACAGCACAGACCACCGUGUUACCCCCAUACUGAAUCGAAUGAGCAAGACCAUCACAUUGGCUGAGAUUCCUUUUGAGAAAAACUGCGGCAGAAACGGCGUGUGCAUUUCGGAUUUAGACGUGGCGUUCAACUUCUCUGGCUCCUCCUCUGUGGUAGUGGGGAAUAAUGCUCGUCUCAAUGUGACAGUGAUGCUGCAAAAUCGGGGCGACAGCUCCUACAACACCACCCUCCUCUUCCUCUACCCCGAUGGACUGUCCUUUGCUAAGAUGGUGCUCCUGCAGUCGAACAGAAGGACUCAGGCCAGCUGCUAUGGCUUGAAUGUGGAGACUGUCGGACAGACUACCUGCAGCGUGAGCCCCCCCAUCUUCCCUGGGAAAACCACAGCUGUAUUCCUCAACACCUUCGACGUCUCUUCGGACAGAGAGUGGAACCACACAUUGGAAAUGACUGUCAGAGCGUCCAGUGGCAAUGGGAACGCCAGUGCUGGGAACCUAUCAGUGACUCUGCAUAUUCCAGUGCAGUUCUCUGUCAAUGUGAUUGUGAAGGGAGUGGAUUCCUCCACGCAUUAUCUGAACUUCUCCACGGAGCAAACCGCAGUUCAGGAUAUGAAACACUCCUACAAAGUAGCCAAUCUCGCCCGGAAAGCUCUCCCAGUGAACGUCACCUUCCUAUUCCCAGUGGAAAACAGCCACAAUUUCAUCUGGCAUAUCAAUAAAACAGUCAACAUAAGCGAGAAGCUUGUGCGUUGUUCCUGGGUGCCAGCAGAGAACUCGGUGCCACGCAACAGAGAACAGUACUGCCCCAAUAUGCAAUGCAAGGUUUGUCACUGUGAGAUUCCCUCCCUGGAGAAAGACUCUUCGAUAAACUUUGGCUUCGAGGGGCCUGCUGAAUUUAAAGCCGAUUUAAACAGAAAGACUCUGGGUAUUAGCGGAGAGAUUAUAAAGGUGGAGUCCUACAGCUCGGCCUUCAUCAGCUACAACACAGAGCUGUACGUUCAGGCUGGCAGCAAAAAACAGGAGGAUGGAAUCUACAGUGAGUUCCACAAUGCCACGAUUAAGACAGAGGCGGAGUUCAUGAGACACCCGAAUAUGGCCUUCGUGAUCGCGCUGAGCUGCGGUGGUGGAUUCCUCUUCGUUUUCAUCAUCGCAUUCAUAAUGUACAAGAUUGGUUGCUUCAAGAACAAGUAUAAAGACAUGAUGGCGGAGGAGGUGAAAACAGACUGUCCAGAGGGGGGAGCGAGCACAUCCGAGCCACUGUGCGAGGAGGAGAAGAAGGGAGAGAAAGAAGAGUAACAGAGAGAGAGAGAGAGUAACAGAGAGAGAGAGAGAGAGAGAGAGAGAGAGAGAGAGAGAGAGAGAGAGAGAGAGAGAGAGAGGGACCUUGCUUUACCACGGACCCCCGCACAAAUAUCUCGAUUUGAAACAUGUGGAGCUGAGGAUUCCUUCAGUUACAUUUCAGAGAGCUUUGAUUUAAUUGAGUUGAACCCCUUAUAAAAAAAGUGCCCCCCCCC